AUGGAUCAGUGCUUGAGAGUUUCAGAAGGGAAGGCCUCACCGAAGAGAGAUUUUCGAGCAUUACUAAGAGGUCGAAAUCAUCGGAGUCUGAAGAGCAAUGUGUUGGAAUCUAUUGCACAAGUUAAUGGUGGAAGUGUUGUUUCACACACCAAAGAAGAUGGAUUCGUGAGGAUGAAGUUAGUGGUAAGGAAGCAAGAUUUAAAUCAGAUGCUGGAGCUGAUGAGAGGUGGAAAGAGCAAUACUAAUCAAGCAUCAUAUUCAACGGCAUCAUCCUUGUCCCUCGAACAACGAUUAAAUCUUCUGCGGAGAAAGCAUCUUUCAAGAUCCAAUCCUGCAAAAGGGAGUUGCCAGCGUUCUUGGACUCCUGCACUCCAAAGUAUUCCUGAAGAGCUCUAA